AUGCGCGUAGUACUUCAUGCUCGUAGUAUUUCAUGCUCGUAGUACUUCGGUAAUAACAUAACUCCAGUUUACAGUGGUAGCUUUUAUUAACUACGCCGUCAUUUAAAAGUGCAUUUCUCCAUGUUUUGGGUCAAUGUGCGCAGCAGAAUUAAGCCCCUCCCAAUGGAAAAGAAUAAUUUCCGUUAUCGCAAAUAAGAAUAACAGGAAGAGGAAGGAGAGGAAAUGUGAUGGGGAGAGGAAUGUAGAGAGUGUGCAAGAAAGGACAUAAGGAGCGUGGAGAAGGAACAAGGGAACAAGAGUAGAGAAUAGAGGAGAAGAAGAAACAAGGGAACAAGAGUAGAGGAUAGAGGAGAAGAAGAAACAAGGGAACAAGAGUAGAGGAUAGAGGAGAAGAAGAAACAAGGGAACAAGAGUAGAGAAUAGAGGAGAAGAAGAAACAAGGGAACAAGAGUAGAGGAUAGGGGAGAAGAAGAAACAAGGGAACAAGAGUAGAGGAUAGGGGAGAAGAAGAAACGAGGAAAGUAGAGUGUGCAACUGGCAAAGAAAGGACAUAAGAUUUGGGUGAGAGUGGAGUUAAAUGAGCGAGUGAAGGAGAACAAGAUGACGUUUGAGAAUAUCCUGGAGGAAAUCGGCGGUUUCGGGCCUUUCCAAAUCGCCGUCGUGGUCCUGCUGUCCGUCCCUCGAAUGGUUCUGCCCUGCCACUUCUUAUUGAAUAACUUUAUCGCCGCGUCGCCUCCUCACCACUGUGACAUCAGCACGCUGGGCGGCGGAGGACUCUUCAGAAAUUUGACUCGGGAGCAGAGACUCACCGUCGGCCUCCCGGUGCGAGAAGAUGGCGCCCCGAAAUCCUGCGAGAUGUUUACAGAGCCUCAGUUUCAGCUCCUGGCCAACAGCUCGGACGCCGGCAACCUGUCGACCGUUCAGUGUCGGAGUGGAUGGGUGUACGACAACUCCACCUUCACUUCCACCAUAGCAACUGAGUGGGACCUUGUCUGUGAUAGAAAGAGCCUGACACAAACCACAAGCUCAAUCUUCUUUAUUGGAGUGAUGAUAGGGUCCAUUACUUUUGGAUUCCUCUGUGAUAAGUACGGGAGGAAGAACACUCUCCUGGCCUCGUACGUCAUGUCCAUCUUGUUUAGCUUCGCCAGCGCGUUUGCAAACUCCUACAUUGUGUUUGCGGUGCUGAGAUUUCUCACCGGGUUCGGACUGACAGGAAUCCUCGUCAACGUCGUUGUAAUCGGCAUUGAGUGGGUCGACACACGUCACAGGGCAUGUAUCGGAGUGGUUGGCGGCCUGUCCUGGUCUGUAGGUAACAUGCUGCUGGCCGGGUUGGCCUACCUGAUAAAUGACUGGCGGACACUGACCAUGGUGGUCACAGCUCCACUGGGCUUUGCGGUCUUGACCUGGUGGUGGAUUCCUGAAUCUGCUCGCUGGCUUUUGGCUCAUGGGAAAGUGGAAAAGGCUCAGUUUUACCUGGACAAAUGUGCCAUGUUCAACAAAAGACCAAAGGUGUCAUCCAAUGUUCUACUGGAGACACUCUCCGACACGGAAAAGCAAGACAAAAGCUACACAUACCUUCACCUAAUCAAGACGCCCAAGAUGAGACGGUUAACUCUACUGACUGGGAUUGUGUGGUUUGGAGUUGCAUUGACCUAUUAUGCAAUCAGCUUGAACAUCGGUGGAUUUGGUUUGAACAUUUACCUCACACACUUCAUCUACGCUGCCAUUGAAGUCCCUGGUAAGCUGGUGAUCUAUUUCUGUCUCGACAUCUUCGGACGGAAGAAGUGCCAAGCAGGCACGCUGUUACUGACCGGAAUCAGCAUCGUCGUCAACAUUUUUAUACCACGAGAUCUGUGGCAUGUGCGUGUUGUUGUCGCCGUCCUUGGAAAAGGCCUGUCGGAAUCUGCCUUCACGACCGUCUUCCUCUACACAACCGAGCUCUACCCCACAGUUGUCAGACAAAACGGUAUGGGCUACAGCAACUUCAUGAGUCGUCUGGGCGUGGCCGUGGCGCCGCUCGUCCUGCUGCUGGUGGACGUGUGGUCCGUUCUUCCUCAGAUCAUCAUCUGCACCGUGGCCAUCGGCUCUGGCCUGGCGGCUCUGCUGCUGCCAGAGACGCUGAACGUGAGGCUGCCGGAGACGAUCGAGGACGUCGAAAAAACGAGAGGAAAGGAGGUCUCCUCUCCCUCCGCGGAGUCUCCAGCUGAUAUCCUGGAAUUGAAGAGCACGACUGACAUGUAGCAGUGACUUUGUUUCAUGUCCACACACGUAAAUGGUUUUAGUUGAGUAUAUUUUCUCUGUUCCCUGAUUUAAGUGUGGAGAGAGAAACCCUUUCACGUGGGUCAACAGAUCUCUGUGAGUGAAACCUUUUGUUUGUACCUUUCACACGGGCUGUUAUUAUUAUAGCAUUAUCCCGCCUUUAUCGAAUUUCUGUGUGAUAGGUACGGACUCGGGAUGAGUGGAAUUAGUUCAUCAUCUGCGUCAAAGGAACAGCCGGUGUUCAAGACUACACGCCAACACUUGUUGUAUUUGACAACUGAAAGUAUUUUUAUCUACACUCUUCAUUUUUAAUAUAAUUAAUUAAUGAUUAAUCUUUAUGGACUGUAUUUUAAAUUUUUUAGUUGCAUUCAUGACAUACUGACUUUUUUUCUUACUACACUUUUACUUUAUUGCGAUAUAUUUGACAUAUUGUAAUUUGCCUUUUCUGAUAUACUAUGUUAUGACUUUUUCCCAAAUGUUAUGGCAGACUAUAAUCUAUGAUUUUUUAUGGCAUACCUUAUUCUUGACACUUAAUGUAUAGCUUUGAAGUCUACUAAGAGAGAGAGAGAGAGAGAGAGAUU